AUGCCGUCUUCUGUUGCGCUAUUCCUAGCAUGGGUGUCAUUCUACGUCAGUAGAACAGAUCUCAUCAGUCGAGUACUGCUCAUCUCAUUCUCUAUAUCACUGCAAACAUUUAUAUGUGCCUUGUACCUGCAUUCCGUAGCAAUUCCCGUGGCUGUCGCGACACCGGCAGAUGUCUGGUGUGCACUUCUUGUCAUUCAAUCUAUUAUAGUCGUCGGUUUUAUAUUCACUUCGAUAGUAAUGGAGUCACAGGUGCGAAAGUACCGUGACCUAAUCACCGACUCAAAAACGAUUCGAGAAGACAGCCGAUCACGGCAUGAACGGCGUGCUAUGCGAACGGCAAUGUACAGAAAGGAGAACAACCAUACGGAAAAAUCCGCUUGCAGCUAUGCAACCGUAGUUGAAGCGACGUUUCGUCGUAAAGGCGAUCAAAUCUCACUAUGUGCAGUACGACUAGAUCUUGUUCGCAAGGCUUGCCUGUCCUGUUUUGUACAUUAUUUUGACUAG